AUGACAACCAUCAAGGAGAUGAAGGAACUCUUGGAAGUUGGGACGCAAAUGGGACUCAAGGAUGCAGAACUUCAACAGUUUGUGAACAAUGAACAGGCAAGACUUAGAGACGAACGUGAGAAAGAUCGUGCAGAACGUAUGGCUAAACAGGAGCGCGAAUAUCAGCUGGAACUCGAAUCCAUGAAGGAACAAAACGCUGAGGCUGAACACAAGAGGAAAAUUGAAGAAAUGGAAAUAGAUCACAGAUUUCAAAUGAUGGCGACCCAGAGAUCACAUAAAGUUCUUGAGUCAACUGCGCUACAUCACACUGAAACACAACAACCGGUUAGAGGACCAAAAUUACCAGCGUUUGAUGAGGGAAAAGCGUUGGAUGUGUUCGCUAGAUUACCACCAGACAGUGCGUUGGACUUUGAUGAACUUAAGAAAGCACUGAUGAAACGGUUUGACAUGACUGAGGAUGCAUUCAGAAAGAAAUUCAGAUCUUCAAAACCUGAUGGUAGUGAAACCUUUAUUCAGUUUCAACUAGACUUGAAAGAACGAAUUCCUCCUUCUAUUCAGGAUAUGGCCAGAUAUGCUGAUCAGUAUGUUGAGGCGAGAGCAACUUGUUCAUCAGCUGUUACCCAAAGACCGAUCUUCGACAAGAAAGUUUCCUUUGGAAAGCAAUUAUCUUUUCCAAGUUCUAGUGAAGGAACCAAAACCAGUGGUGGAAUCAAGUGUUUUAAUUGUGAUAAAUACGGACACAAGCAGUUUGAUUGUCCUUUGAGGAAGUCAUCAGCAAUUAAGACAAACACACAGGAAAAAUUUGAUAGACCACAGAAACCACAACAGGGAUUCAACAAAAAUGGACGUCGCUUCGCAAGGAAAAGAACACGACUCUUCUCAUAUACCGGAUGUCGUGGUGCGGUGAUUCGGAAAAGUCUGGUUACGUCAAACCAACUGACUGGAAAAACUCACAAAUGCAUGCUUGCUGACGGAAGUGUAGUAGAUGCAGAUGUUGCGAUAGUUGAAGUUGACACACCAUAUUUUACUGGAACAAUUGAAGUCUCAUGCUUCGAAACACCGAUGUUUGAUCUGAUUCUUGGGAAUUUUGAUGGUGUUCGGAAACCAGACAACCCGGAUAUUGAUUCGAUAAAACUUCUAAACCUUCAUUUGCUGUUGAGACACGCAGUCAACUUAAGAAGCCGUUGCCUUAUGAAACCACUGAGGGUUCCUGAAACUCUACAAGAUGUAUCACGUGAUGAGAUGUUACUUGUAAGUGAACGAAGGACGAUUCGCUAA